GCGUCGCCGGGUGGCUGCUCCCCGUUCCCUCAUGCCGAUUCGGAUGAGGAGGGGGAAGAUGAGUGUGUCGCGGUGGCCCCGGAGCGCCAGCCCAUCCCGCGGGGUCUGAGGAGAGCCGGCCCGACGCGGGGUAUCACCUCACGGGGUUCCCGCCUCCCGCAAGGACUCAGCGUCUGGAGUUAGUGCGACUCUGACAUGGAGAAGCUCAGAGUUGCCACGUCCACCGCUGGGUUCCAUAACAUCUCUAGGCCAGAUCUCCUGCCUUAUACAUGUGGCUGUAGGCGUAGAACUCUAUGAACUGACUGGAUUAACAAAUUAAAGUUGCUUGCUGUGUGGUGAGUUCCAUAAUUGCUGACCCUGAUGGCACACUGCCCCAAAAAUGAAUACUUUGAUAAUUUGCUGCUCUCUUGUAAGCCUUGUCAUCUUCGAUGUUCUAGUACACCACCACCUUCAUGUGAAAACUACUGUGAUAAGAGCACUGAUUCAAGUGGAGUUCUUUGGAUUUGUUUGGGCUUGGGAGUAAUUUUAAUACUCGCUCUGUUCACCUUAAUGGUCCUGUUUAAACGGAAGCACCUAAAGCAACUAAAAGAAAAACUGAAAAACACAGGCUCUUCUGUGGAGCUGAAUAAUACUCUCAAGGCUAAUACAGAAAGCAGUGUGAAUGCAGAAGGAAUUAGACACUCACUUCAAAGUGAAACAUUAAUGUAUUCAGUGGAAGAAUGCACUUGUAGUGACUGUGGCUUGGUAAAACCUCAGACUGGCUGUGAAACUUCAUUUCCAUUACCAGCUACAGAAGAAGGAGCUACUGUUCUAGUUACCACAAAAUCUUUUGAUUAUUGCAACUAUAUUCUGGGUGCUGGGUGACUAUGAGAGAAGUAUAUUUUUACUGUAUAAUAAUAAAUGAGUUAUUCCAGUAUAGUUAUUAAUCUUAAUACUUGCAGUCAGUGGAGAAAGCAAGUACAUCAUUCUUACAGAUCUUCCAUUGAACUUUCACGAAUAUUGUCACAUCAUUUCCAACUCUAGUAUCUCUUUGGUCAGGUAUUUCUACAUUAUUCUGAAGUACUAAACUAGUCAUUGGAAUUUUUAAUUUCUGAAAGUCCCUAUGUAGGAUGGCUUUUUCUGCCUUCAGAGAUUGUAUAUACUUACACUG